GCUCCUCCUGUCCUUCUCGCGGAACGUGCAUCCCGUGGUGGGGACACCGAGCCAUGGCAUCCCUGCUGAGACCCGCUUGCUGGCUCCUCCGAGCCGGGGCGGCCCCGCGCCUCCCCCUCUCCCUGCGUCUCUGCGCUGGCAGCCUGGGCCGGCCGCCCGCCGCCCGCUUUCUGCUUGCUUCUCGCGCCGGGCAGGUCCCCGGAGGACUACUGAGCCACGCCAGGCCAUAUGCUGUUGCUGUUAGAAAAAAAAAUUAUCUUCAAGAGGAGCCUGCUUCUUCUCAAAGAGUGAAUGUCAGGGACUUUGACUGGGCUCUAAUGAGACUAGAGAAUUCUGUCCGAAGAACUGGCCGCAUCCCAGAGACUCUUCUGCAAAAAGUCUUUGAGAAUACCUGCCACUCAGGUAACCCAGGAAGUAAUCAAGCAUUGCUUCUGCUGCGCAGCUGUGGCUCUCUCUUGCCUGAACUAAAGCUCUCAGAUAGAACAGAAUUAGCUCAUAGGAUAUGGAGCAAACUUCAGAAAUUGGGUACUGUUUAUGAUGUAAGUCACUAUAAUGCUUUGCUUAAAGUCUAUCUUCAAAAUGAACAUACAUUUUCACCAACUGACUUCUUGGAAAAAAUGGAGAAAGCAAACAUUCAACCAAAUCGAGUGACAUACCAGAGGCUGAUUGCUGCUUAUUGUAAUGUAGGAGAUAUUGAAGGUGCCAGCAAGAUUCUUGGAUUUAUGAAAACUAAGGAUCUUCCAGUCACAGAGGCAGUUUUCAGUGCCCUCGUCACAGGGCAUGCAAGAGCUGGAGAUAUGGAGAAUGCAGAAAAUAUUCUCACAAUAAUGAAAGAGGCUGGAAUUGACCCUGGCUCAGACACAUACGUAGCCUUGUUGAAUGCAUAUGCUGAGAAGGGUGAUAUUGACCAUGUUAAGCAGGUAAAACUUAUGUUUUGUUUGCCUGUCAGAAUUCAUUAUUUCUGGCCAUUGCUGGUUGGACAUCAGAAGGAGAAAAAUGUUCAAGGUAUAAUUGAAGUCCUCAAAGGAAUGCAAGAAAUAGAAGUAAAUCCUGAUCAUGAAACAUACAUAAGUUACGUGUUUCCAUCCUUUGUUAGUAUAAAGUCAGCUCGUACUGUUUUACAAGAAAAUGGAUGUCUACCUGAAAAUAAUAUUUUUUCUGAGGCUGAAUUGAGAAGUGAAGCCGUAAAUGGAAACUUAGACUAUAUUUUAUCAUUUUUGGAAUCAAAUACAUCACCUCUCUCAUUUAAUACUUGGAGAGGCAGUCUAAUUCUAGGCUUUAAGAGGUCCAUGAAUGUAAAUCUUUGGAGCAAGAUAACAGAACUCUUGUACAAGGACGGAGGUAAUUGCCAGGAUCCUUCAGGACCAAUGGAAGCUGUUGGCUAUUUUCUUUAUAACUUGAUUGACAGCAUGAGUGACUCAGAGGUACAGGCCAAGGAGGAGCAUUUGAGACAAUACUUCCAUCAGCUGAAGGAGAUGAAUGUAAAAAUUCAUGAGAAUAUCUACAGAGGCAUCCGUAAUCUACUGGAUAGCCACCAUGUUCCUGAAUUGAUUAAGGAUGUUUAUUUGUUGAUUGACAGAGAGAAGACAGACUCUCGAAAAACUAUGCAGUCUGCAUCAUCUGACUUGGAGGCUACACUUGAAAAACUAAAAGCUGAUAAUCAACCUAUAGAAGAUGUCCUAAAGCAGUUCUUAUUGGCACUUUGUUCAGAAGAGAACAUGCAAAAAGCUCUUGAAAUUAAAGCAAAAUAUGAAUCAGACAUGACUCUUGGUGGCUAUGCAGCUUUAAUAAAUUUGUGCUGUCGACAUGAUAAUGCAGAAGAUGCACUGAACCUCAAACAAGAAUUUGACCGUUUAGAUUCUUCUGCCAUCCUUGACACCAACAAGUAUGUAGGCCUUGUAAAAGUAUUGGGAAAACAUGGCAAGCUCCAAGAUGCUAUUAACAUUCUAAAGGAGAUGAAAGAGAAGGAUGUUGUUAUCAGAGAUGCAACAGUGUUGUCCUUUUUCCACAUCCUAAAUGGUGCAGCUUUAAGAGGUGAAACUGAAACAGUACAACAGUUGCAUGAAGCCCUCGUGACUCUAGGGUUAGUGAAACCAUCCAGCAACCUGAGUUCCCCAUUGGUCACUGUAUAUCUGGAAAAGGAUGACUUGCAUGCUGCUCUUGAAGUCACCAUUGACUGCUAUGAAAAGUAUAAAAUACUGCCAAGGAUUCAUGAUGUCUUAUGUAAACUGAUAGAGAAAGGAGAGACUGAUCUAAUUCAGAAAGCAAUGGACUUUGUGAGCCAAGAACAAGGUGAAAUGACGAUGCUCUAUGAUCUCUUCUUUGCCUUCCUACAAACAGGAAAUUACAAAGAGGCCAGGAAGAUCAUUGAGACUCCAGGCAUUAGAGCUCGAUCUACAAGACUGCAGUGGUUUUGUGAUAGAUGUAUUACAAGUAAUCAGGUUGAAACUCUAGAAAAAUUAGUGGAACUGACACAGAAGCUAUUUGAAUGUGAUAGAGAUCAGCUGUACUACAAUCUGCUAAAACUAUAUAAAAUAAAUGGUGACUGGCAAAGAGCCGAUGCUGUCUGGAAUAAAAUGCAAGAAGAAAAUAUUAUUCCUCGUGGGAAAACAUUAAGAUUAUUAGCAGACAUCCUUAGAACCAGUAAUCAGGAGGUUCCGUUUGAUGUACCUGAGUUGUGGUAUGAGGAUCAAAAACAGUCCUCGAAUUUAACAAUACCUUCACUUAAAGAAACUAAUAUGGAGAAAGAUCUGUUGAACGCCUGCCAAUGGAAGAAAAGCAAAGAUGCAUAUAAUGUUUUCCUCAGUGCACAAAAGCAAAACAUAGUGUUUGACAGUGAAACUUACACCAGUCUUAUAAAAUUACUGUUGGCAAAGGAUAAUUUUACAGACGCAAUGAAAGUAAAAGAUUUCGCUGAGACCCACAUCAAGGGCUUCACACUGAACGAUGCUGCCAACAGCCUCCUCAUCAUAAGGCAAGUUAGGCGGGAUUAUUUGAAAGAGGCUCUCACAACACUGAAAAUGGCCUUGGAUCUGGAGCAGAUUCCUUCCAGGGUAGCAGUGACCCGCCUUAUUCAGGCAUGUGCCUUGAAGGGUGAUGUAGAAAGCAUACAAGUGAUUCAGAAGAUGACAAGUGGACUCGAAAAUUCAAUUGGACUUUCAAGUAUGGUUUUCAUCAAUAACACUGCUUUGGCACAAAUAAAGAACAAUAACAUAGAUGUUGCAAUAGAAAGCAUUGAAAAUAUGCUUACUUCAGAGAAUCGAACUGUGGACCUCCAACACUUUGGCUUGACAUACUUAUUCAGAAAAAUAAUGGAGGAACAGUUGGAACCAGCAGUUGAAAAGAUAAGCAUCAUGGCAGAAAGAUUGGCCAAUCAGUUUGCAGUUUACAAACCUGUCACCGAUCUUUUCCUUCAGUUCCUGGAUUCAGGCAAGGUGGAUGAUGCGAGAGCUCUCCUACAGAGAUGUGGUGCAAUUGCUGAACAAACUGCGAUUUUCGUAGUGUUCUGUGUCAGGAGCUCGCAGAAACAAGGCCAGACACCAGUUCUGAACUCUUUGUUAGAACUGAUUCCUGAAUUAACCGAAAAGGAAGAAGCAUACACUUCCAUCAUUAAAAGCUACGUGUUGGACAAAGAUGUUGUGUCUGCUAAAGCACUAUAUGAAAAAUUGACUGCAAAGAAUAUAAAAUUGAACGGUCUGUUUCUAAAGCGUUACGCAGAUUUGCUGAAGAAAGCAGGAGAGUCUGUCCCUUUUGUUGAACCCCCUGAAAGCUUUGAAUUUUAUGCAAAGCAGCUAAAGGAAUUAAAGGAAAACCCUUCAUGAAAUAAGCAGUCACUACUUUAUUUUAUGUGUACUUGUGAUUUUGUGUCAAAAAUGUUAUUUUUUAAACGUAUUUGAGAGGGCUAAAUAAAUAAGUGAAAAAUUA